AUGAUGGAAGAGAAGAGUGCGCAAGAUAUUGAAAAUGUCUCGGGCGCUGGCGGGGGAAAGUAUCCAGGUCUCGACACUGAUACCAAUUUGCCAGUCCUGGACGGCGAUGCCGAUGAGAAAGCUUUGGUCUGGAAGCAGGAUCUACGGAUCGUUCCGCUUUGCGCUGCUAUCUACCUUUUAUGUUAUCUAGAUCGAUCUAAUAUCGGAAAUGCCAAAAUUCUGAAUCAAGACACUCAUAAUGACCUUCUUUCUGAAACAAAUAUGACUUCCUUCCAGUUCACAAUUGCACUUAUGGUUUUUCUGAUCGCGUAUGCACUCUUCGAAGUGCCCUCCAACUACUUUUUAAAAAAGUUGAGACCUAGCAGAUGGAUUGCUUUUCUUAUGCUCUCGUGGGGUGCUACUACCGUGGGUCUUGGGGGAGUUCACAACUAUGCCCAAGUGACUGGCCUGCGCUUUCUACUUGGCGUAAUGGAGGCAGGCCUCUUCCCAGGUUUUGUCUACUACCUAACAUUUUGGUAUCGAAACUCUGAGCGUUCGAUGCGCGUGGCUUUGAUUUUAGCGUCGGCAACUCUAGCAGGUGCCUUUGGUGGGGCCAUUGCAUUUGGGGUUGGGCACAUGAAUGGUGCGCAUGGCUUAUCUGCUUGGAGAUGGUUGUUCAUUAUUGAAGGGGCACCUUCAUGUGCUUCGGCGGUUUUGGUCUGGUUUUUCUUGCCUGACUAUCCAGAGUCGGCCCACUGGCUUUCCGCUGAGGAGAAGGACUUUGCGGCGCGGCGUUUAGCGACGGAGGGCUCAAAGGGCUCUUCCCAUGCCAUGUCAUGGGAGGACGCCAAAGCUGUACUUGUGGAUUGGCGGUUGUAUGCCCAUUAUGCGGUAUACUUUGGCAUUUCCACUCCUUUUUCGAGUCUCUCUCUCUUCACGCCUGCCAUCACUGCGGGUCUCGGGUACUCCAAUCUUCGCGCCCAAUUAAUGACAGUACCUCCAUACGCUGUUGCGUAUGUUGUGACAGUUGCUGUGGCCUGGUCUGCGGAUUACUUCAAUAGUCGUGGACUUCAUUCUGCCAUAUUUUCCUUCGUUGGCGCAAUGGGAUUUUUAGCAUCCGCAGUCCUUCCUGCCGAGGCCUACUUGGUAAGCUUUCAAAUUAGCAUCGAUAUGGCUGCCUCAUUGUUGCGACAAGUGGGGCAUUUGCUUGUAUCCCCCCCACUCCUAGGAUGGCUUUCCUCAAACCUCCACUCGACUGCAGGGGCAGGCCUGGCCAUCGCGUUGAACGUGUCAUUUGGAGCUCCAGGCCAAAUUGUUGGGGUUUGGAUCUACAAGAGCGAUGAGGCAAAAACGGGCUAUCCGACGGGCCAUUGGACAAAUGCCGCGUUGCUUCUCUUUGUAACAACGGGAUGUAUUUUGCUGAGGUUUUACUAUGCGUGGAGGAAUAAACGACGAAACGGUGAUGGAACUGGGAAGAUGUUUGCAUAUUAG